CCAUAUCAGUGCAAUAUUGACUCAUUGACUCUCCUUGCCUUUGUUCAUUGCCCCUUCUAUAUCUGUCUGUUCCUCAUUUUGUUUUCCGUGUCGGCAUAUUGUCGUUAUGUUUCCCCUGUUCAGAGGCUGUCCUUGUUUGUUUCUUGUCAGUUAUUUAUUAAAUGUUCACUCCCUGUACUUGCUUCUCUGUCCAACAUCUGUCCUUACAAAUGGUGAGUUUAAAAUGGUUACAGAGUUUAAUGGCUGUGAUAGAAGAAAACUGAGGUUGGAUCAACAACAUUGUAGUUACUCCACAGUACUAACCUAAAUGACAGAGUGAAAAGAAGGAAUCCUGUACAGAAUACAAACAUUCUAAAACAUCCAUCCUGUUUGCAACAAGGCACAAAAGUAAUACUGCAAGAAAUGUGGCAAAGCAAUUAACUUUUUGUCCUGAAUACAAAGUGUUAUGUUUGGAGCAAAUCCAAUACAACACAUUACUGAGUACCACAUUUCAAGCAUAGUGGUGGCUGCAUCAUGUUAUGGGUAAAGAAUAAUAUACAUAUUUUGCACAAUCCAGGUGUGGAAAACUGUUCAAGAAUUUACCCAGAAAGGCUCACAGCUGUAAUUGCUGCCAAAGGUGAUUCUAACAUGUAUUUACUCAGGGGGUGUGAAUACUUAUGUAAUCAAAAUAUAGCACUUUUUUUUUUGAUUAUAUAUUUUUUACACAGUAGAAUUUUUCUUCCACUUUGACAUCGCAGAGUAUUUUGUGUAGAUUGUUGACAAAAAAAUGACAAUUAAAUCCAUUUUAAUUCCAAUUUGUAACACAACAAUAUGAAUACUUUCUGAAGGCACUGUAUCUAAACCACAAUCUAGCUUGCUAGCUUUCAUAAUACGCUGGCUAGACACCGUUAGUUGGCUAUCUAACUACCGCAGAGGCUAAUGUGACUUUGUUCUAUUUAGAGUCCGAUCCCAUCAACACCUGCAUAGGCAUCAAGCUCAGCACCAGGAAAUAAUGCCCAGGACAAGAGGAAAGCUCUGGAGGAGACCAAAGCCUACACCACCCAGUCUCUGGCGAGCGUUGCCUACCAGAUCAAUGCCUUAGCCAACAACGUGCUGCAGCUGCUGGACAUCCAGGCCUCGCAGCUGCGCCGGAUGGAGUCCUCCAUCAACCACAUCUCUCAGACAGUGGACAUCCACAAGGAGAAGGUGGCUCGGCGAGAGAUCGGCAUCCUGACCACCAACAAGAACACGUCGCGCACGCACAAGAUCAUCGCCCCAGGCAACAUGGAGCGGCCAGUCCGGUACAUCAGGAAGCCCAUAGACUACACGCUGCUGGACGAUGUGGGCCACGGUGUCAAAUGGCUUAAAGCCAAGCAACAUGGCAACAACCAGCCAGCGAGGGGAGGAGGAGGGGGGACAUUAUCGAGGACCAAUCCACCGACACAGAAACCCCCGAGCCCACCCAUGGCUGGUCGUGGAACUCUUGGGCGAAACACCCCCUAUAAGACCCUGGAGCCAGUCAAGCCUCCAACGGUACCUAACGACUAUAUGACCAGCCCAGCACGACUAGGCAGCCAGCACAGCCCUGCACGCACAGCCUCCCUCAACCAGAGACCCAGAACACACAGUGGCAGCAGUGGGGGUAGUGGCGGGCGAGAGAACAGCGGUGGCAGCAGCAUAAGUGUUCCUCUGGCCGUGCCCACUCCCUCCCCUCCCAGCCUGGGACCAGCAGCAGUCCCCCAGGGCCCAGGCCUGGGUCCCAUCCCCAUGUCCCAGUUUGGCACCAUCUCAAGGCAGGUCUCCCGCCACAACUCCACCGCCACCUCAGCCUCCAUGGUGUCGGCCACAGGUACCUACCGCCGGGCGCCCUCCGGCAGCUCCCAUUUCUCCAUGUCCCAGCAGCCCCACCUCAACGGGGGACCCGCCUACCCCCAGAACUCAGUGUCUGUGGCUCCUCCUCCCCCUCCUAUGGUCCAGCUGACUCCUCAGAUUCCUCUGACGGGCUUUGUGGCCAGAGUACAGGAGACCAUAACAGACAGCCCGGACCCCCUUCCACCGCCCCCUCCCGAGGACGUUGUCAUGUUUGAGGAGGCCUCGCCCCCUCCCCCGCCCCCACCAGUGGACUACCAGGGGGAUGAGGAGGCGGCCGUGGUGCACUACAAUGACCCUUAUGCCGACGAAGACCCCGACUGGGCCCCCAAGUCCUACGUAGAGAAGGUGGUGGCCAUUUAUGACUACUCCAAGGACAAGGAGGACGAGCUGUCCUUCAUGGAGGGCUCCAUCAUCUACAUCAUCAAGAAGAACGACGACGGCUGGUACGAGGGAGUCUGCAACGCCGUCACUGGCCUCUUCCCCGGCAACUACGUAGAGUCCAUCAUGCACUAUACAGACUAAGGGCGGCCAUUUUGACAGUGCAAAAACGGCAGGAUGUUACAAAAAAAACGUGCUGAGUUUAGUAUUUGAAACGAUAAGGUAGCUUUUAGUAAGAUGUUGGCAUUUGUUUUGCACGGUCAAAUUGUCCUGAAAGCCCCCCCCCCCCAUCUCUUAUCCACACAGAAAAACGUCAAUCUUACUUUUACAGAAAAAAAAUAAGAAAGAAUAAAUAAACAAACAAACAAACGUAAAGAAGUGCAUUGCGACAUGAGUGACCGAAUGUUUGUUUUUGUCAGUGUCCAAAUUGCAAUGUUACAAAACAAGCUAAAUAUUCAAUUUACUAUGCUACAUGUUGGAGGGAGGGGUGGGUUGGAAAGGUGGGCCAAGGGAUAGGGAAUAGGAGUUUUGAAUGCAAAAAGAUAUGAACGUUAAUUUGUUUAUUUCUGGUGAAGUUAUUUAGUUUUGUUUACAGUACCAGUCAAACGUUUGGACACACCUACUCAUUCAAGGUUUUUACUAUUUUCUACAUUGUAGAAUAAUAGUGAAGACAUCAAAACUAUGAAAUAACACAUUGAAUCAUGCAGUAAACAAAAAAAAAGUUCCAGGUGAAGCUGGUUGAGAGAAUGCCAAGAGUGUGCAAAGCUGUCAUCAAGACAAAGGGUGGCUACUUUGAAGAAUCUCAAAUAUAAAAUAUGUUUGAUUUGUUCAACACUUUUUUAGUUGCUACAUCAUUCAUAUACAUAUGUGUUAUUUCAUAGUUUUGAUGUCUUCGCUAUUAUUCUACAAUGUAGAAAAUAGUAAAAUAAAGAAAAAACCUUGAAUGAGUAGGUGUGUCAAAUUUAGACUUGUACUGUAUAUGCAUUCGGAAAGUAUUCAGACCCCUUGACUUUUUCCACAUUUUGUUAGGUUACAGCCAUUUUCUAAAAUUGAUUAAUAGGUUUUUGUUCCCUCAUCAAUAUACACACAAUACUCCAUAAUGACAAAGCAAAAAUAGGUUUUUAUACAUUUUUGCUCAUUAAAAAAAACAAAAAACUUAAAUAUCACAUUUACGUAAGUAUUCAGACCCAUUACUCAAGACUUUGUUGAUGUACCUUUUGGCAGCGAUUACAGCCUCGAUUCUUCUUGGGUAUAUGACGCUACAAGCUUGGCACAACUGUAUUUGGGGAGUUCUCCCAUUCUUUGCAGAUCCUCUCAAGCUCUGUCAGGUUGGAUGGGGAGUGCAUCGCAGUGCAAGAGGCGUCACUACAGUUCCGAGUUCGAUCCCGGGCCGUGUCUUUAUAAAAUGGCGCCGGAGCAGAAGGCAGACGUUUUACGUGCCCCCAAACGAUUGUGUUUUUUGUUCGUUUAUCUGCGCUCUUUGUGACUUCGUUUUUAAAACUAUUUUUGUACAUAAUGUUGCCGCUACCGUCUCUUAUAACCGAAAAUAACUUCUAGACAUCAGGACUGCGAUUACUCACCACGGACUAGCAGACUCCUUUUUCUUCUUUCACGACUCUGACGAGCUCGAGGCGGAGGAUAUAUGGCUCCCUCGAGAACAGGCCCCGACCCCAGUGAUCUGCGUAAAGAGGAGGCGGAGAAAGAGAGGCCGGAGGGCGGGCUGCCUUCUGAGGAGUAGGAGGCGAUUGAAUAAACCCCCACUCCCCUCAAUUCUGCUUGCAAACAUGCAAUCUUCGGACAGUAAAAUUGACGAGUUAUUGGGAAGAUUAAACUAAAAACUGUAACAUCUUAUGCUUCACGGAGUCGUGGCUGAACGACGACAAUAUCAACAUACAGCUGGCUGGUUAUACGAUGUAUCGGCAGGAUAGAACAGCGGCGUCUGGUAAGACAAGGGGCGGCGGUCUAGAGUUUCUCAUGAUAAUCUGCAGACCACAUUACCUACCGAGAGAGUUUUCAUAUAUAUUCUUUGUAGCUGUUUACAUACCACCACAGUCAGAAACUGGCACCAAGAUAGCAUUGAAUGAGCUGUAUUCCGCCAUAAGCAAACAAGAAAACGCUCACCCAGAGGCGGCGCUCCUAGUAGCCGGGGACUUUAAUGCAGGGAAACUUAAAUCAGUUUUACCUCAUUUCUAUCAACAUGUUAAAUGUGCAACCAGAGGGAAAAGAACUCUGGACCACCUAUACUCCAAACACAGAGAUGCAUACAAAGCUCUCCCUCGACCUCCAUUUGGCAAAUCUGACCAUAAUUCUAUCCUCCUGAUUCCUCCUUUCAAGCAAAAAUUUAAGCAGGAAGUACCAGUGACUAGAUCAAUAAAAAAAGUGGUCAGAUGAAGCAGAUUCUAAGCUACAGGACUGUUUUGCUAGCACAGACUGGAAUAUGUUCCAGGAUUCCUCCAAUGUUAUUGUACACCACAUCUGUUAUUGGCUUCAUCAAUAAGUGCAUCGGUGACGUCGUCCCCACAGUGACCGUACAUACAUACCCCAACCAGAAGCCAUGGAUUACAAGCAGCAUCCACACUGAGCUAAAGGCUAGAGCUACAGCUUUCAAGGUGCGGGACUCUAACCCGGAAGCUUAUAAGAAAUCCCGCUAUACUCUCAGACGAACCAUCAAACAGGCAAAGCAUCAAUACAAGACUAAGAUUGAGUCAUACUACACCGGCUCUGACACUCGUCGGAUGUGUCAGGGCCUGCAAACCAUUACAUACUACAAAGGGAAGCACAUCCGAGAUCUGCCCAGAGACACUAGCCUACCGGACGAGCUUAACUACUUCUAUACUCACAUGCAUGAGAGCACCAGCUGUACUGGAAGACUAUGUGAUCACACUCUCUGCAGCCGAUGUGAGUAAGACCUUUAGACAGGUCAACAUUCACAAGGCCGCAGGGCCAGAAGGAUUACCAGAACGUGUACUGCGAGCAUGCACUGACCAACUGGCAAGUGUCUUCACUAACAUUUUCAACCUCUCCCUGUCCAAGUCUGUAAUACCAACAUGUUUUAAGCAGACCAACAUAGUGCCUGUGCCCAAGUACACUAAGGUAACCUGCCUAAAUGACUACCAACCCAUGACUCACGUCUGUAGCCAUGAAGUGCUUUGAAAGGCUGGUCAUGGCUCACAUCAACACAAUCACCCCAGACGCCCUAGACCCACUCCAAUUUGUAUACCACCCAAACAAAUCCACAGAUGAUGCCGUCUGUAUUGCAUUCCACACUGCCCAUUCCCACCUGGACAAAAGGAACACCUAUGUAAGAAUGCUAUUCAUUGCCUACAGCUCAGCAUUCAACACCAUAGUGCCCUCAAAGGUAGGCCUGAUCACCGACAACAACGAGACAGCCUAUAGGGAUGAGAUCAGAGACCUGACCGUGUGGUGCCAGGACAACAACCUCUCCCUCAACGUGAUCAAGACAAAGGAGAUGAUUGUGGACCUUUAGAAAAAGAGGACUGAGCCCCCAUUCUCAUCGAUGUGGCUGCAGUGGAGCAGGUUGAGAGCUCCAAGUUCCUUGGUGUCCACGUCACCUACAAACUAACAUAGUCCAAGCACACCAUGACAGUUGUGAAGCGGGUACGACAAAACCUAUUCCCCCUCAGGAGACUGAAAAGAUUUGGCAUGGGUCCUCAGAUCCUCAAAAGGUUCUACAGCUGCACCAUGGAGAGCAUCCUGACUGGUUGCAUCACUGCCUGGUAUGGCAACUGCUCGGGCCUCUGACGGCAAGGCACUACAGAGAGUUCAUCACUGGGGCCAAGCUUCCUGCCAUCCAGGACCUCUAUACCAGGCGGUGUCAGAGUAAGGCCCUGAAAAUUGUCAAAGACUCCAGCCACCCUAGUCAUAGUCUGUUCUCUCUGCUACCACGCGGCAACCGGUACCGGAGCGCCAAGUCUAGGUCAAAGAGGCUUCUAAACAGCUUCUGCCCCCAAGCCAUAAGACUCCUAAACAUCUAGUCAAAUGGCUACCCAGACUAUUCACAUUGCCCCCCUCCUCUCUCCACACCACUGCCACUCUCUGUUGUCAUCUAUGUAUAGUCACUUGAAUUAAAAGUCAAAGGGUCUGAAUACUUUCCAAAUGCACUGUAUAUGUAUAUAUAUACUGUAAUGUGAGAAGCUGCCAGUUUGUGUGUCAGUAGUGUUUUACCUGUGAUUUUCCAUCUACGUCUAUUGAGUGGUCAAUGGCAUGCAAGAUGUGCCAGGUAGGGAUGAUGUUACUCGCUCUUAUUUAGUCAUUUUCCGGGUUUUCUUAGAUUUUUCACUUUUAGUGCCAUUUCUACCCUCAGUUUAGCCAAUUGUCACUUGAUAUUAAGUUUUUUUUUUUUAUGUAAAAAAAUGUAUUAUAUCUUACUUAUUUUAUGCUGUCGGGCUACUGUAGCAAAACGUGAAGAAACGGAUUAUUGUACAUUCUACUCCAUCGUGGCUCCAUUGUGUUGGAAUGUCUGCACUGAUUAGUACUCAAUGGCUUUUUAUAUGACAUCAAUCACAUGGCUUUGAUUGCAACACACGUUUGAUUGCAUUCUGGCUAUCCAAACGUUGCAUUAUCGUUGUUAGUUAUAUCAACCUGGCUUUGACAGUGGCCUCUGGUUAGGUGCUUAUCUUUGGUACUUGAUAACCGUUAUCACCUACCAUCAUCAACACAACCUCAAAACAAGGACGCAAGACUGUCAAAAAAAACUGGUGUAGGCUACUAGCCUACUUAUUGAGCAGGACAGAGUGAUUUGUAACAGUGGUAAACGUUCAACCUUGAAUGGAACCUCGCUCUAUCAUUUCUAUCACAAUGAAUGUAGGCAAUUCAGCAGUGCAUUGUGGACUCAAAUGUACUACAUUGAUUGUAUUUUAAAAGAUGCAGACACGUUUGUGCCACGCUUUUAUGAUGAACUAAUAUUCCACACACAUUUGCAGUGCUUAUUAAUGCCUACACGACUUUAUUGUAUACAUGACAUGAUGACGUUAUAACUAAAUACUUCCAUGCAAAUAUGUAGGUUGCUUGUAGUCGGAUGGCCUUACCUCUUACAUCCUGUCAUUUGAGGUUUAUUUUUCAUGAGCCAUUGUGAUGUGAUGUUACGAAUAGGUUACGGUUAUGACAAUAGGUUGCGACCACAUGAGGUAGGCGUUAUGACGCACAGACAAAGUUGAAUUCAAGCUGGCCACGUGCGGCCUCCCGAGUGGCGGAGUGGUCUAAGGCUCUGGGUUCGGAGUCCAGAGUCUGUCGCAGCCAGCCACGACAGGGAGACCCAUGUGGCGGCGCACUACUGGCCCAGCGUCGUCCAGGUUAGGGGAGAGUUUGGCCGGCAGGGAUGUCCUUGUCCCAUCGCGCACUUGUAACUCCUGUUGGGGGCCGGGCGCAGUACACGGUCACCAGGUGCACGGUGUUUCCUCUGACACAUUGGUGUGGCUGGCUUCCGGGUUGAGUGGACUGUGUCAAGAAGCAGGUCGGGUUUUUUCGGAGGACACGCAGCUCUCAACCUAGAGAAAGAAAAUGAGAGGGAGAGAGAGAAAGGGAUAAAGAGAGAAAGAGAGGGAAAGUGUGUGAGAGAGAAAGUACGAAAAAUAACUAGAGCGAGAGAGGGAGAGACAGUGGAGGAGAGAGAAAGAAGGAAAGAAAGUAAGAGAGAAAGAGAGAGAGAGAGACCUGUCGUCCCCUGGUUCCAAAUAUAGUAUACUCUGUUUUUUUGUUGUUGUGGCUUAUUUUUAUUCAUUAAAGACGCAGACAUGACAAAAUCCGUUUUUGUUCGGAGCAUUGCUUUGUACCUACGUUGGUUUGGCUUUUUGUCUCGGAUGAGACACAACUGUAAUUGCCAAUUGGAUACCAUGAAAUUGGGGAGAAAAAAAUUAAAUAAAGAAGCUUGCCACGUGCCCUUGUGUGGAAGACCAUGCAAUGCCAACAUGUUCAACACAAACAGUAUUCAACCUCAAUGUAUGCAUACAUAUAAAAACAUGACAUUUUUUACUGGGUAUAAUCAUUUGCCACUACAUCCAGUUAUUGACUGUACUUUUAACUCCAUCAUUUUUGGUCAUUUUUGUGAGAGAAAAAAACGACUUUUCCUACCGAAGCAUUUUUAGCAUUUUUUGUCGUUUUGAAAUACUUUGUCUGAGACUGCUGUACAUGGUUAAGUAGCGGUGUGUAUCUUUAUUUAUUCAUAUUUUCCUAGAAAAAUAUAAUGAGACAACCACUCACAUGCAGCAGAACAUUGCAUGUUUGUUUACCACUAAAACUUAAAACAUUUCAGGGCACCAGGGCUCAAGUCAUCUUGAUAUUAUGUCUGUUUUCUUAUAUGAAAUGUGGAAAAAAUGAUGAUCUGUAACUUAAAUGUUCAUGCGAACAGAAUCUGAUUUGUCUUCUUUCCUCUUGGUUUGUAUAUAUAAUGUGUUCAUUGAAAUGUAUGUACAGUCCUUUUGUAAUAAACAGCUCGCCGAAACGACAAA